UUUCAUCUAUUCCACCUAAUUUCCUCCAUUUACAGUUACUUCAUCACAUUUAUCACCAAAAGACCUUACAACUAAACUUAAUUCUUUUUAAUUAAAAUAUAAAACACUAAACUUAAUUCCAUUUAAACUUAAUUUUUUUUUCUUUUAGGAAAAAUUUAAAUUUCUGCCUGCAUUCUCUUUUUCCCAACUUUAUUUCACAAGUAGUAGAAUUGAAGAGCACAAGAAGAAUGUUCCUCCAAAAUUAGUACAUAACCGUCACUUUCGUAGUGUUUUUAAAGAGAAGAUUCCACACGAUAAUCGCUUAUUCAUUGUUUUUCACGUUUGUUCUUCUCGAUCAUCACUAACACUAUAAUCACAGGCUUCAGAUUUCAUUAUCAGCUAUCACCGAGUUCUUGUGUUUUUUUUUUGCCAGAUCUUGCGGCGUGCUAUUAGGUCUAUUCCAGGGCUUGUUUUCUUAAAACAAGCAUCUUUGCGUGGAUAUGUUGCACUUGCUAAAUAGUGAAGAAUAGCUCCUCUGUAUAGUUUUAUGAACAUACAAUAAAAAAAGUUUGGAUAUAAUGGCGAUCAGUACACGCAGUAGAAAACCAAGUGAAAGUAUGAGGCUUAUUUUGACAACAUUUGUUGGAAUAAUUUUUGGCUUCUUUAUAGGGAUAUCAUAUCCAACAUUAACUACAAAGUUGAAUAUCUCAUCCAGUCUUCUUCCCUCCAUUGACGUGUCUUCCAUUGAAGAUGAAUAUGCAAGUACCAAUGCUCGGUCUUUUAUGAAGAAUAAUGGCAGCAGCUCAUCCAAACAUCUGUUAUUAAAUGACACGUUGAAGAUUUGGGUUCCAUCAAGCCCAAGAGGUGCAGAAAGAUUACCUCCGGCGAUAAUUGAAGCUGAGUCAGACUUUUAUUUGCGUAGAUUGUGGGGUGAGCCAAGUGAGGAUUUAACCUCAAAGCCGAAAUACCUCGUGACCUUCACUGUCGGUUAUGAUCAGAAAAAUAAUAUUGAUGCAGCUGUGAAAAAGUUUUCAGGGAAUUUCACUAUACUUCUGUUUCAUUAUGAUGGCCGAACAACUGAAUGGGAUGAGUUUGAAUGGUCUAAGCAAGCUAUUCAUGUGAGUGCUCGCAAACAGACAAAAUGGUGGUAUGCUAAACGGUUUCUGCAUCCUGACAUUGUGGCACCUUAUGACUAUAUUUUUAUAUGGGAUGAAGAUCUUGGUGUUGAGCAUUUUAAUGCAGAGGAAUACUUAAAAUUGGUGAGGAAGCAUGGAUUGGAGAUUUCACAGCCUGGUUUGGAACCUAAUAAUGGGCUGACAUGGCAAAUGACAAAGAGGAGAGGUGAUCGUGAAGUUCACAAAGAAACAGAAGAAAAACCAGGAUGGUGUAGUGACCCUCAUCUGCCUCCUUGUGCAGCGUUUGUUGAGAUUAUGGCUCCAGUGUUUUCACGUGAUGCAUGGCGUUGUGUGUGGCAUAUGAUCCAGAAUGACUUGGUCCAUGGAUGGGGUCUUGACUUUGCUCUUAGAAAAUGUGUGGAGCCGGCCUAUGAGAAGAUAGGAGUUGUUGAUUCUCAGUGGAUUAUUCAUCAAAGUAUUCCCUCACUAGGGAAUCAGGGAGAAUCAAAAUCUGGAACAGCGCCAUGGCAGGGGGUGAGGGAGAGGUGUAGAAAGGAGUGGACAAUGUUCCAGAGUCGAAUGGCGAGCGCAGAAAAUGCAUACUACAAGGCUGUGGGAAUCGAUUUGUUUAAUUCAACUGAUCCUUAGAGAAUGAUGGCGAAAGUUGACUUGUACACAACCACCACCACCACAUUGCCUUCCAUUUACACACGAAAUAUAUGUCUUCUUACAGUUCAUUCACAGUGAAUUGUUUUUUGGUUAGUCAUCAUAGUAGUUAUUUGGCAAUCACUGUUUAGAGAAUUACCGUUUAAGAUCAAAACAAUUCGAUGUAGAAUUCCAGAGCUAAAAGAUAGAAAAUUAAAUGUAGGGUAAAUGUGUAUCCGAUUGUAAUGUUCUUUUAGGAUCUAUGGGAUGCCUGUUAUACCCAAAUUGGACAGGACAAUGAAGUAACCCUUAACGUAGUUGAUUUGGGACGGUAUAUGGACAUUAUCAGCUUUGUCAAACCUCUUGAAAAAUCAAAUUUUAAGGAUUCACAAAUCCCAAGUGGGUGUGGAAUGGUUGGUUGUUAUGGUCACCGAUUAA